GAAAACGGAGCAAUCGAGCUGAAGCAGGCGAACCAGGGCUAACAUCGCUCAACUCGUCUGGACUAUUCGGGCUAACUUUAGCUACAUGUGCUGAGGUCGAUCCCAACUGCAACCAUGCCCACAGUGACUCUACCGCCGAAGGAAAACGCGCUGUUCAAGAGGAUUCUGAGAUGUUACGAGCACAAACAAUACAGAAAUGGGCUCAAGUUCUGCAAACAAAUUCUGUCCAACCCCAAGUUUGCAGAACAUGGAGAGACGCUGGCGAUGAAAGGCUUGACCCUGAACUGUUUAGGGAAGAAAGAGGAGGCCUACGACCUCGUGAGAAGAGGUCUGCGCAACGACCUUAAGAGCCACGUCUGCUGGCACGUCUAUGGCUUACUGCAGCGCUCGGACAAGAAGUACGACGAGGCCAUCAAGUGUUACCGCAACGCUCUGAAAUGGGAUAAGGACAACCUGCAGAUCCUCAGAGACCUGUCCCUGCUGCAGAUCCAGAUGAGAGACUUGGAGGGUUACAGGGAGACACGGUACCAGCUCUUGCAGCUGCGCCCAGCCCAGCGGGCCUCCUGGAUUGGCUACGCCAUCGCCUAUCACCUCCUGGAAGACUAUGAAAUGGCAGCAAAGAUCAUUGAGGAGUUCAGGAAAACACAGCAGACGUCCCCGGACAAAGUGGACUACGAGUACAGCGAGCUGCUGCUGUAUCAGAACCAGGUGCUGAGAGAAGCGGGUCUGUACAAGGAGGCCCUGGAGCACCUGUCCAACUACGAGAAGCAGAUCUGUGAUAAACUGGCAGUGGAGGAGACACGAGGGGAGCUGUUUUUGAAGUUGGAACGUCUGGACGAGGCAGCAGAGGUCUACAGGCGUAUGCAGGAGAGGAACCCAGAGAACUGGUCCUACUACCACGGCCUGGAGAAAGCCCUAAAGCCAAGCAGCGUAGAGGAGAAACUGAAGAUCUAUGAAGAAACCUGGGAGAAGUUUCCCAAAGGGCUGGUUCCUCGCAGGCUUCCCCUCAACUUCCUGUCUGGUGAGAAGUUUAGGGAGUGCCUGGACAGGUAUCUGAGGAUGAACUUCAGUAAAGGCUGCCCUCCUGUCUUCACCACGCUCAAAUCGCUGUACACUGUCAAAGAAAAGGUGACAAUAAUAGAAGAGCUGGUGGUCAGCUAUGAAACCUCGUUAAGAAGCUGUCGAAUGUUCAACCAGAACGACGACGGUAAGGAGGAGCCUCCGACCACAUUGCUCUGGGUGCAGUACUUCCUGGCGCAGCAUUACGACAUGAUCGGCCAGCAGACUUUGGCUCUAGAAUAUAUCAACGCGGCCAUCGAGAGCACACCCACACUCAUCGAACUCUUCCUCAUCAAAGCCAAGAUUUACAAGCAUGCUGGGAACAUCAGAGAAGCUGCCCAGUGGAUGGACGAGGCCCAGGCUCUAGACACCGCCGACAGAUUCAUCAACUCCAAGUGUGCCAAGUACAUGCUGAAGGCAGGCAUGAUCAAAAAGGCCGAGGAGAUGUGCUCCAAAUUCACACGGGAGGGAGCGUCCGCUGUGGAGAACUUGAACGAGAUGCAGUGCAUGUGGUUCCAGACGGAAUGUGCCCUCUCCUACAAAACAAUGAACAAGUUCGGAGAAGCCCUCAAGAAGUGCCACGAGAUCGAAAGACAUUUUGUGGAGAUUACGGACGACCAGUUCGACUUUCACACUUACUGCAUGAGGAAGAUGACGCUACGCUCCUACGUGGACCUCCUAAAGCUGGAAGACGUUCUCCGGAUGCAUCCUUUCUACUACAAGGCUGCCACUACAGCCAUCCAGAUCUACCUGAGCCUGCACGAUAAUCCCCUGACUGACGACAGCAAAGAGCUGCAGGCAGACACCGCAAACCUAUCGGACAAAGAGCUGAAGAAGCUGAGGAACAAACAGCGAAGAGCCCAGAAGAAAGCCCAGCUGGAGGAAGAAAAGAAAAACGCCGAGAAGGAGAAGCAGCUAAAGAACCAGAAGAAGAAGAAGGAAGAUGAUGAUGAGGAAAUCGGAGGUCCCAAAGAAGAGCUCAUUCCUGAGAAACUGGUCAAGGUAGAAAAUCCUCUGGAAGAAGCGGUCAAGUUCCUGAUGCCUCUCAAACAGCUGGUCAAAGACAAAAUUGACACACACCUUCUGGCCUUUGAGAUCUACUUCAGGAAAGAAAAGUACCUGUUGAUGCUACACGCAGUGAAGAGAGCACUGGCCAUUGACCCGGACCACCCGUGGCUUCAUCAGUGUUUAGUGCGCUUCUUCAAAGGAGUUUCAGAGAGCAAGGAGCUGCCGGAGGUGGUCAGGACGGUGCUGAAGCAGGAGAUCACCCGGCUGUUCGGAGAUGGCAACGCUAAGAGCUUCAACCAGGCCUACCUCAGCAAGCACUCCAGCUCCAUCCCACAUCGACUGGCUGCUGCUAAGAUGAUGGUGUAUCUGGAUCCAUCAACGGAAACGAAAGCAGCAGAACUGGUCACUGCACUGGACGAGUCGCUAAACAACAGAACUGUUCAAAUCUGCACAGAGGUCCUGGAUUGUCUUCGGAGCGGCAUCUUCGGCGACUGUAAGGAGCAAGCCGAGUUGUACCGUGCCGAGUGCCACAAGCUUUACCCCUACACGUUGGCUUUCAUGCCGCCCGGAUACGAGGAGAACACCAAGAUCGCAAACGGGGACGUUUCCACGGAAACAGAGGAGCUAGCUAACGAGAUUUGAGUCUGAUGGAACAGCAGCAGAUGGGAAAAGAAAUUGGGCCAAGCACAGAGCUUUGUGGUACGCCUGGCAGCCUUUUUUUUUUUUAGAGCUGGACAUCAGAAGCCAACAUGGGUGUUUUUCGUCCUCUUGUCUCGGCUUAAAUCGGGACUGACCUGGCAUGACUUGGCUCUUCUCCCACUUGGAUGAAAUUCAGGAUUGUGUGUGUGUGUGUGUGUGUGUGUGUGUGUUGAGUGUGUGCGCAAGUAUUUGUUGGUAAUGGGGGGAGGGGGGAGGAGGGGAAAGAGGAAGAUGACAGAACAAACAUUUUACUACUUUUUUUUAACAGAAUCUGCAACCAAGUUGAAAAAUAAACCGUUACGAUGAAAUGUGUGGGUGAAACUGAAGCUCAGACACGGACUGCUGGUUUCAACUAAAGACGAUCAAUAACGACUCGAGUUUGACUCAGACACGCAUCUAUUCUUCACCGCGUUCCUUUAUUUUAACGUAAAAUUCAAAUAAAAUGGAAGUGGGACACGGCUGUCACUCUGGGGGGGUUGGGUUUGAGCGGAUCUGUAGGAAGCGGAGCGGGACGAGUUUCCGAGGACGUCCAGGUGCAUCUGCUGUAAAACUCGCCGCAGAAUCUGUGGACGGUGAGCGAAAAGCCCGAUCCCUGCA